CCUGCUAGUCCCGAGUCCGCCGCGGGGCCCGUCGAACGCAUGCCUCUCCAGUCCCGCGGGGUGUGCUGGACCUUCACACGGCCGUCGGGCGCUCUCCAGGACCCAGGCCUUGGCCCAGGCCGCCCUAUCCGUCACUUGCAGCCAGUCGCAGCGCAGUGCCAAGUCCAGACGGUCCAGACCGAGCGAGCCCAGAAGGACCGCCCUGCCGUACCCAGGGGCGCCGGCGCCGGGCCGCGUGCAUAGGGCCCUGUGGCUGCCUGUGGCUGCCAGUGGCGUGUCGCCGCCACUAGCCACCACCGCUAGCCGCGCGCCUCGGCGCCACUCACUGCCAUGGCUUCAGCAUGGCUGACGUCGCGGCAGGUGCUGUGGAUCAUGGUGUUCAUCGGCUUCGCCGUCAACUACAUGGUCCGCAUCAACAUGAACAUCGCGCUGGUGGCCAUGGUGGAGCCGCCGAGGCCGAUGGAGGUGAUGGACGACAACGGCACGCGGGUGCAGCCCGCGGUCACGGGCACGCAGUGCAUCGUGCCCGACAGUGUCGCGGACGCCGUGCAGCACGCCGCGCUGUCCUCCAACGACACGGACGACCUGGAGGAGGAGACGGCGGCGCGGCCAGAGGGGUCAGAGCGCUUCCGCUGGAACGCCCAUGAGCAGGGCAUGGUGCUGGGGGCGUUCUUCUGGCUCUACUGGUCCACGCAGGUCCCUGGCGGCGUGCUGGCUCAGCGCUACGGCACCAAGAUCGUGUUCGGCCUCGGCAACCUGGUGCCUGCCCUCCUGGCCUUCGCCAUCCCCGCCGCGUCCAGGUUCCACUAUGGCGCGCUGCUCGCCAUCCGGCUGGCGCAGGGCUGCAUCUCGGGGCUGACGUGGCCGGCGAUGCACGACAUGACGGCCAAGUGGAUCCCCCCGAACGAGAGGAGCCGCUUCGUCACCGCCUACCUGGGUGGUUCGGUGGGGGCGUCUGUGACGUAUCCAGUGUGCGGCCUUAUCAUCGACGCCAUGGGCUGGGAGGCCGUCUUCUACAUCUCGGGCGCGCUGGGCGUGUUGUGGUGGCUCGCCUGGGUCGUGCUCGUCUUCGACUCACCCGACGAGCACCCCAGGAUAGCGUCCACCGAGCGCCUAUACAUCCAGAAGGCCCUGGCCGGCAACGUCGCCAAGAAGCAGCUGCCGACGCCCUGGCGCGCCAUCUUGAUGUCGCUGCCCGUGUGGAUGAACAUCGUGGCGCAGUGGGGCGGGCUGUGGGGGCUGCUGACCCUCAUGACGCAGGCGCCCUCCUACUUCCGCUACGUGCACGGCUGGGGCAUCCGCAUGACGGGGCUGCUGUCCGGGUUGCCGCAGCUGUGCCGCAUGCUGUUCGCCGUGGUCUUCUCCACCAUCGGGGACUACUUGCUCAAGAGCGGCCGGAUGUCUCGGACCAACGUCCGCAAAAUGGCGACCGCCAUGUGUAACAUCGGCCAGGCCGUGUUCGUGCUGGGCCUGGCGUUCUCGGGCUGCGACAAGUACGCGGCCAUCCUGUUCCUGACCGCGGCCACGGCGGCCAACGGCGCGGUGUCGACGGGCGCCCUCGCCAGCAUGGUGGACAUCAGCCCCAACUUCGCCAGCAUAGUCCUGGGCAUCAACGGCGUGGUCACCGUGCUGCCGGGCUUCAUCUCCCCCAUCGUGGUCGGGGCCCUCACCUACCAGAACCAAAGCGUGGAGCAGUGGCGGAUCGUGUUCUGCAUCACGGCCGCCAUGCUGCUCGUCACGGGCGUCGCCUACGUCCUGUUCGGCCGCUCCGAGGUGCAGCCAUGGAACGAACCGGCUGACAGGGAGGGCCAUUCGGGCAACGGCCUAGACGACGGGCUGGCCGAAGAGGACAAGAGCAUCGUCACGGUCACCUCAAAGUGCUCCGAGCUCAAGUCUGUGUGCUGACUUAAAAUUUAAACAAGAUCUCAUGUCUAGCAUUAAUGUCUCUCUGGUUGGAAGAACAGAGAAUAAGCUCUGCACAAGUAGCAGUUUUGCCACUCUGUUAAGCAUGAUCAGUUACAAUUCUUAAAUUUAGGAUAUCAAUGUUCUAGGGUAAUUUCAAACACUGCCUGUUAUCUGUAACUUUACAGAUCAGUAAUAAUGUGAACUUUGUUGCUUAGAAUUAAAACCCUUACAUGUCAUCUCUACAAAUGAUCUGAGGUGAAGUUUUAGUAUGCAAAAAAUGAAUGUGGUAACAAAAAAAAUACACCAUUUAUUUAAGUUAUUAUAAUAAAUUCUCACUAACCAGGAAUAAUUUCAUUGGAGGAAAAACAUGGUACACAGUACAUAAAAUCAGAAAGAGUAGCAUAUUACAAAGAAUUAUACACAAAUCAGUAUCGCAAAUGAUGCUUGAUGCAUCACAGUUUUGUUAAUAAAAUAAAUCCAUCACUGCUUUUGCCGCA